UUUUGCAAAACAAAUCGAUUUACACGUGUUUUACGUUUUCUGUGCAGCAAAUAAAUCAGAUAAAAUCGUUAUUUUAUUCACAUAAUACUGAAAACUAUGGGUAAGAAGAAAAGUGAUGUUGACUUGCCCGGCUUUCCUUCCCUCGAAGAUGAUGCUGGUGUUGAUAGUGGAAGUGCAAAGAAUAAAAGCACCAACAAAUCGAAGAAAAGUGGUGGCUUUCAAUCAAUGGGUCUUUCAUUCGAUGUAAUUAAAGGUGUCAAAAAGCGAGGCUACAAAAUACCUACACCAAUUCAGCGAAAGACUAUACCUUUGAUACUUGAAGGACGUGAUGUAGUGGCUAUGGCCAAAACUGGUUCUGGCAAAACCGCUUGCUUCUUAAUACCCAUGUUCGAAAAACUGAAGAGCCGUGAACCAACAAAGGGCGCGCGUGCAUUAAUUCUUUCUCCCACGAGAGAGUUNUGUGCAGAAUACGUAGUGUUCGAUGAAGCAGAUCGAUUGUUUGAGAUGGGUUUCGGCGAGCAACUAAAUGAAACUUUACAUCGCCUACCCGCAGGAAGACAAACGGUCCUAUUUUCGGCAACGCUUCCUAAAUUAUUGGUAAACUUUGCCCGUGCUGGCUUAAACGAUCCAAUUCUGCUGCGAUUAGAUGUGGAGUCUAAAAUACCAGAGGGUUUAAUGCUUAAAUUCUUAUAUUGCCGUCCAGAUGAACGUUAUACUGCUUUGGUUGUGUUGCUCAAAUACGUAAUACCGGAAGAUGCUCAAACUGUGGUUUUUGCAGGCACACAGCAUCACGUCGAGUUGCUCUGUUAUAUUCUUACAAAAUGUGGCAUAUCCAAUACAUCAGUGUAUUCUAGUUUGGAUCCUGCUGCACGUAAAAUUAACACCGCAAAAUUUGUAAACAAAAAGGUAUCUGUGCUCACCGUAACUGAUGUGGCGGCACGUGGUAUUGAUAUACCAA